AUGAACACAACAUCCAACAGCGUCAGCGAAAUACUCUUAGCUACACCUUACAAAUUGAACGUUUAUAUCGGUACGUUUCUAUGGAUUGCAGGCAAUUUCGGUUGUCUGGGAAAUUUAAUAGUGUUCAGAUCUCGAACGUUUUUUCAACGUGCCUAUUCGAUUUAUUUACUAUUAGAAGCUUUAUCAAGUUUGAUUUAUUUCGAUUUUUUGUUGCUGACACGGAUUUUGCAACGUGGUUUUCAAAUUCCAAUUACAACACGUUUUGAUCCUCUUUGUAAACUCCGGCAAUUCGAUUCUGUUUGGAAUCACGUAGUUUCGUUGAGCCUGUUCACGCUUGCACUUGUGGACCGAAUUCUAUCUCUACAGCAAACCGAUGCAUAUCGUAAAUGGAGCAAUCGGGCGGACUUAGCUUACCGAUUGGCGCUGGUCACUGUCUUAUUUUGGUUGUUAUUUUUUGGUCAUCGACUUGUUCUAUACAGUACGACAAAUAAUCAAUGUAUUCCUCGACCGGGAGUCUAUGCUGUUUUUGACGAGUACAUCGAAGCAUGUGUAACAGCAAUGUGCACGCCAAUAGUUAUGAUUAUUCUUGGUAUUUGUUUGUUACGUAGUGUUCGAAGUUUAAUCAAGAAAAAAAUCAUUCCGAUGAACGAAAGUCGACCAGUGGCGGCUAUACAACCGUCAAUUUUAAAAAAGAUCGAUUCUCAGUUAGCAGUGAUGCUUCUGGUGCAAAUAAUUAUUGCUUUGACAACACGUAUUCCAUAUGCGACUUAUCUGAUCUAUUCGAAUUUGACACGAUAUCAGGUGAAAUCGGCUUAUCGAACUGCUGUAGAAAAUAUUACAUCCGAAACGGUGAACCUGAUGUCGUAUUCAUUUUUUACGUCGAGUUUCUACGUUUCAUUGAUGACUAAUAAUGGAUUCCGUCGAAUUUUUAAAAAAUUCAUUCGAAAAUAUCGUCCAAAAUGUAAUUGUAAACUGCACAAGUCAAACAAAACUCUGAACGGAAUUAUCGUAAAUCAUUCUCCUUAG